AUGCCAAGCCCAAAUACAAACGUCGGCCCCUUUUGGCUUGCCUUAUAUGUAAUCUUAAUAUCAGUCAUACCCAAUUUCGUUCUCUGUUUAGAUGACGAUCCCCAAAUUGUAGAGGCCGGUCAUGGCUGUAGUCUGAUUAGUACUACAAAUCUCACCGCUUUGACUGAAAACCGCAAAAACGUCUUCUCUUUGCUUGCCAAAAACAUGUCAUCGACAGGCUUCGCUGUGGCUUCAUCAGGGAAUGGCACAGAUAAGGUAUAUGGGCUUGCCCAAUGCAGAAACGACUUGUCAAUGGAGGACUGUACUCAGUGCUAUACAGCGGCCACAGAACAGAUUGUGAAAUACUGUCCCAUCGAGAUUGGGGUACGUAUGAUUUUCGACGGUUGCUUUUUGCGUUAUGAGAACGAGACUUUCUUUGAUCAGGCUGUCGAUGGCGGCAAUUCCAAUGUGUGUCUCUCGGACGCCUCCGGAUCAAGCCCUACCCUUUUCAAUGAAACUGCGCUGAGGUUGCUUGCGGACGUCAAAUCAAAGGCGCUCAAAAAGGAGGGUUUUGCUACUGAUGAAAUUAGUGCCAAGGGAUUACCAACGACCAUUUAUGGACUAGCAAUGUGCAGGCGGACACUUUCCACCAAUAGCUGCGACGUUUGUCUCCAGCACGCUUCAAAGCUUGUACAACGGUGCUUUUCACGGCAGGAUGGAAGGGCUCUCGACGCCGGCUGUUAUUUGCGAACACUUUACGAAAUAUGUACAGAAAAGUCCCCGGCCGCAGCCAGCGUGAAGAAGCAGGGAAUACUUAGCAAUGGCCGUGAAGUUGCAAUGAAGAAGCUUUUCGUAAAACAGUCGACGAGGGCGUCGGACGAAUUUGUUACGGAAGUGAAGCUGAUCAGCGCUGUUCGUCACCGAAAUCUUGUUCGUUUGCUUGGGUGUUGCACACGAGGACUAGAGAAGCUACUGGUCUAUGAAUUCAUGCCGAAUAUGAGCCUUGACAAACAUCUCUUCGCAAAUAAAGCGAAACUGCUAAGCUGGAAAAAGCGGUUUGAGAUCAUUAUGGGGACAGCGCAUGAGCUUGCAUAUUUGAACGAAGAAUCCCGGUCUCGAAUCCUGCACAGGGAUAUCAAAGCUGCCAACAUACUUCUGGAUAACGAGUUUCAGGCCAAAAUUGCAGAUUUUGGACUGGCGAGGCUGUUUCCAGAGGACAUGACACAUCUUGCCACAAGAGUCGGUGGUACAGUGUAA